CUUCCACUUCUCUCAAAACUAAAAACCUUAUAGCUUAUAUAUAUACACAUGCAAACCACAACCUUAGUAGAAGCAAUCUUGAAGCCAAUUUGUUUAUCUUUAGUACCACCUAGUCACAAAACAUAUACCAUGUCGAAUUUGAGUUUCCUUCAAUUUCAUAGUAGCAACUCGUUGGGGCACUCCUCUUUUCAACCCAAUAGUCCAAACCCGAACAACAACAUAAAAUCAUCAAAACAGACAUCAAAUGUAGGGUGCAAUAUUCAGCCAAAGUCAGAGGAAAUGAAAUGGGUGUUCGACAAGUUUGACACCAACAAAGAUGGCAAGAUUACCCUCGAAGAGUACAAAGCAGCAGUGAGAACAAUGGGGUGGGGAAUCGAAGGCACUGAGACUGAUGAGUCUUUUCAGGUGAUGGACUCUGAUGGAGAUGGCUUCAUUGACUUCAAAGAGUUCAUGGACAUGUUCAACGUGGAGGAGAGGGUGAAAGAGACGGAGAUCAAGAGUGCUUUUCAAGUGUUUGAUUUGAAUGGCGAUGGGAAAAUCAGUGCAGAGGAAUUGUCACAAGUUCUCAAAAGCCUAGGGGAAAGUUGCAGCCUUAGUGCUUGUAAGAAAAUGGUGAUGGGGGUGGAUAGAAAUGGGGAUGGCUUUAUAGACUUGAAUGAGUUUAUGAGGAUGAUGAUGAGUUGCAAGAAACUCACCUAAGUUCCGAGAAGGUCUAGAAUUGCUUGAACAGGAUGCGCGGAGUGUGAGAUGUUGUGAACUCUGGCUUCUUAUGCAUUAAAAAAAAAAAAAAAAAGACACCCGAGUGAUCAUAUAUGUUUUGGUGUGAUCAUAGGUAUUUGUCUUUUCCUGAUCAUAUCUUUUUUUCUUACUUUUCCUCUCUAUUUUGGGUUGCUAGAUUUGAUCUUCCAAACCAAAAGCAUCCAGACAGAAAAAAAAAAAGAAUAAAAUUUGAUCACGUAUGUACCACAAGGCCACAAUUAGAAAGAAACUUCUAAUUCUAAGAAAUUUUGUUUAAAGUAAAAAACCAGAGUAAACUGUGAAUCAGUGUGGCUUCUGAUUCAAGUUCAACUGAUUGAAUCAAUUGGUUUAAUCCCCUAA